GUGUUUUAACUAUAGUUAAAACCUAUGAAGAAAAGCUCAAAGAGACUGGAUACCGGUGGAGAGUUAAAAUGUAUCUUGAGGGGGACUUGACAAUACCAAGAACAUGAUAGAAUAAAUUAAUGAAUCGUUUUGAAAGCAGCAAAAGCAACUACAAACGUAAGAUAACUCCUACUCUUCAAUGAUCAUUUAUUGAAAACUGGAGUUGAAAAAGACUUGCUUUGAGGCCAAAAUCAGAUUUAGCAAGUUCCUCUAUUUUGACGGCAUUUGCAGUAUAAACUCAUUCAUGGAGAAGCUCAAUCCCAAAGCAAUAUGAAGCAGGUGAUAAUUAUUGACAAAAAACUUUUAAAUGGUGGACUAGUGACAAGAAAACGCGACACAAUAACUUCCGUUACGUUAUCCGUAACAGAAUUCCCAGUUAAUUCAAUGAACUUGCCAAUUCAUUUCAGGACUGAAGUACGUGGAAAGAAAGCACAGAAAAAUUAUCCCAUCCCCGAGGCUUGAAAACAGGUCCUGAUACAAUUUUCACUGGGUGUAGAGCUAGGGGAACUCGUUGAAACAAAAGCUGGUCAAUUUAUUAUAUUUGCUUUUGUUUUUGAGGUUAGCCUAUGCCUAGCCUCUGCAAAAGUAAACCUGUAUGCACGUUUCGUCUGUAUCACGUGACUACCAUUCUGGUCUUGUUGCGUUGCCCGUGUUGUUUUGUCCGCCAUCUUUGAUUUUCACACGGUGAACUAAGGUGUAUAGUAAGACCAACACGUCUUGCACGAGCAAGGGUCUAGAUUUGAAGGAAAAGCCCAACAAGUGGUCAAGGAAAACGGGAAACAAGUAGUUGAAUGAAAUCAAGUUAUAUCUUCCAUUUUUUGAGUGAAUCCGAGCAGCGUUUGUGUCCCUGUGACAUUGGCCUUCCCUUCACAGGGAUCGGAGGAAAAGACGAAGAAGUAUUGGCGCGAAUUUUCGCCAAAGAAAAUGAGUGUUGGCAGCACCAAUUCUGGAGCUAUCAUUGCAAAAGUUGAAGAUGCUCUCUUUGACACUGAAGCAAAGGCUGGUGAUGCUGCUCAUGCAAUUGAAAUUUCAUCAUCAGCUCUAGGAAACACUGAUUUUGUUGGAGCUAAUGUAAAAAAGACAGAAGAUGAGAUAAUUUUUGAAAAGAAAAAGUCUGGAACAGGAGGAAAUGAAGAGGGAAGAGAACUGAACCAAGAAGACAUUGAAGCUGUUGAGUUCUUAGCAUCUGAAUUUAGUAAGGAGAUUCAAAGCACCAGAGCUGGUGAUCAAAAAGGGACUGAAAUUGAAACUAUUGAUUCAAGUAUGUUAGAUGUAGCAGCAGUUCAAGGUGUUGGCAAUGAAGUAGAGGGUGGGGAACAAGCGGUGCUUGUCAAUCUUGAAGCAGAAUUUCAGACCUCCCAAGAUAUUGAAUCUGAUGAACUGUCUGAGACUUCAGCAAAGCGGAAAAGAACCAGAGCAGAAGAGAGAGAGUUCAAAUGUGGCUUUUGUGCCAAAUCAUUCAGCAUGCGAAUUGCUUUGGAAAAGCACCUGGUUGUUCAUGGUGCCAAGUUGCCAUGGCAAUGUCCAGACUGUGCCAAAGGGUUCAUGAAAUCAAGCGAUUACAAAGAUCAUUGCAACAAAGUACAUGACAAUUAUCGUCCAUUUCCAUGCCAAGUUUGUGGCAAAGCACUAUCAAAUUUAGGGAUUUUAAAGAAUCAUCAAGGCCUUCACAGUGGAGAGAGACCAUUCCAAUGCAGCUAUCCAGGUUGUUCUAAGGCUUUCCUCACAAAGACAAAUUUGGAGGAUCAUCACAGAAAACAUGUAAACGCGAGGGAAUUUGAGUGUGAAACCUGUCAUAAAAGAUUCAAUUUAAAAGGAGACUUGCGACAGCACGAGAAAGUCCAUCGACAAGAAAAACCUUUUGAAUGCGAGUUUUGUAAAAUGACGUUUCCAAGGGGCCCAUCGUUAUGGCGUCAUCGUCGCACACACACUGGGGAAAAACCGUAUGCAUGUGACAUCUGUGGAAAGUCUUUUGCUAGGAUGGAGAACUGCCAGGAGCAUCGUAGAAUACACACUGGUGAAAGACCUUUGGUUUGCUCUGUGUGUGGAAAAGCGUUUCGAGAUUCAGGCAAUUUUAGCAAUCACAAAAAAAUACACCAAGAUGGUUAUGUACCUCGCAAGAAAAGAGCGUUGACGCAAAAGAAACCGAAAGACCUUGCACAGGAGCCACAAGAUGCAACUUCGGCGACUGAAGACGAGGCCGCUAGCACUUCCGUUGAGGACCCGACAUCAGCUGAUAUUUCGUCGCAAGAAGUUGCCUUCAUAGUGGCACCAAUGCAGAUUGACGAUGCUUCAGCGGCAAUAAGUCUUGCAGGAGCAGAAUCCUCCGCAGAACCAUCAUACGUCCAGGUUGGUAACUUCUUACUGACAAUGGAAAUGGAGGCGGCCUUCAAACAACUUAUGCAACAGCAUGCCGGUAAUAAUGAAUACGUCACUUUGGCAAUGACUGAUGGGAAGGGACUGGAGCUUGUCUCAGAUCCAUCUCAAUUUGGCGCCAUAGUCCAGGCUGCCACUCUUCAUGCGCAACAGGGCGCUAUUGACAUCAAACAGGAUGCGGAGAAGGUAGAAGAAGGCGCUGUGGAGGCAAGCAGUGUUGUAGAAUCACAGACACAUGACCUGGCAAUCGAGGCCGAAUCAGCAACAGCUGCUGAACAUAUUGAACAAGUCCCGUUGGGUGAAGAUGCGACCCACAGCAAGGAAGAUGACAUUAUUAAUCCCACAUAAAGGAGAUAAAUCAUUUGUAAAUUAUGUUUAACACCAAUGGCUAGGUUCAUAGCCAUGUGAAUUAUGUAACAGGUACCCUAAAUUGGAAUCUGUUGUUUGGUACGAUCUUCUUGAUUCGUUUCAGAUUAUGUUUCCAUUGAAGCAAACAAUUUUUUUAUCAUUUAGAUUCCUACCUGUGUCUUUUCCUGGAGAUUCA